AGCCCGAAGUUCCAAAUCUAUGGCACCUACGAUUCACUUUGAGAUGGAAACUGACAAAAGCAACACUCAUAGUAGUCUUCAUGUAGUGAUGUUUCCAUUUUUCGCUUUUGGUCAUAUCAGCCCGUUUGUCCAGCUUUCCAACAAGCUUUCAUCUCAUGGCGUCAAGGUUUCUUUCUUCUCUGCAUCAGCCAAUGUUAAUCGCAUAAGGUCAAUGCUCAACGAUGCUUCCACCACCCAAAUUAUCCCUUUCAAUAUCCCACACGUCGAGGGUCUCCCUCCUGGAGUUGACAGUACGGCUGAUCUGAAUCCAACUCAAUCUGAACUCCUCAAGGUUGCUCUUGAUCUUAUGCAACCUCAAAUUAGAACACUCUUAUCACAACUCAAACCCCAUUUUGUCCUUUUUGAUUUUGCUCAAGAAUGGCUCCCUAAAUUAGCCUCUGAAUUGGGUAUACAAACAGUCUUCUACUCUGUGUUUAUUGCUCUCUCAACUGCAUAUGUUACUGUUCCUUCUAGGCUUCCUGAACCUGGAAGAUAUCCCACAAUUGACGAAAUGAAAAAACCUCCACCAGGGUUCCCCCAAACCAGUGUCACCUCACUCAGAACCUUCGAGGCUCAAGAUUCUCUCUACAUAUUCAAGAGUUUUCAUGGCAAACCUUGUGUGUAUGACCGUGUCAUCUCGGGCCUGCAGAGCUGCUCGGUUAUACUUGCCAAGACCUGCGAUGAAAUGGAAGCCCCUUACAUAAAUUACGCCAAGUCCCAAUUCAAAAAACCAGUUCUUUUAGUUGGUCCUCUACCUCCGGAGCCUCGACCAGAUCAACUGGAGGAAGAAUGGGCAAAAUGGCUGGACAAAUUCGAAGCUAACUCUGUCAUUUACUGUUCUUUUGGAAGUGAAACAUUCUUAACUGAUAGUCAAAUCAAAGAACUAGCUUUAGGGCUAGAACUCACAGGUCUUCCAUUUUUUCUUGUCUUAAACUUUCCAAACGUAGAUGUCUCAACUGAGCUAAACAGGGCACUUCCUGAAGGGUUCUUGGAAAGUGUGGAGGCUAAGGGAAUAAUUCAUACUGGGUGGGUGCAGCAGCAGCAGAUUUUGGCACAUAAAAGCGUGGGGUGCUAUUUAUGUCAUGCAGGAUUCAGCUCAGUGAUAGAGGCUAUUGUGAAUGACUGCCAACUAGUUAUGUUGCCCCAAAAGGGAGACCAAUACGUGAAUUCAAAGCUAGUACACGGAGACCUCAAGGCUGGGGUGGAGGUAAAUCGGAUCGAUGAGGAUGGUUUUUUCGGAAAGGAGGAUAUUAAGAGGGCUGUCGAAACAGUUAUGUUAAACAUUAAUGAAGAACCAGGAAAGUCCAUAAGAAAUAAUCAGAGGAAAUGGAAGGAGUUUCUGCUUAAUAAGGAUAUUCAAAACAAUUUUAUUAAGAAUGUGGUCAAGGAAAUGGAGGCAAUUGCUGGAAUAUCUAGCAUUUAGAUAUAGGUUUGGUUAUUAAAUUCUCUUUGUUCUAGCGUGUUACUGAGGGUGCAUGUAAGGCAAUUUGGUGAGGGUAACGCUGAUAAAAGUUGUGAUCAAAUUCAGCUGUCGCGAAAUUUUUCAUAGCAAAGACGCCAUCAAACGAGCUUAUCAUAUACCAUCCAACUUAAAAUAAAAAACUAUCCUUGUCCUGUGAUUGAUCUA